AUGGAACUCAAUGCGAACUGCAACAAUGUCGAGCCCUCUGGAGCACGCCCCGUCCAGACCUGUUCGGACCCCACGCGGUCCCAACACAAAUAUAAAAAUAUGCUUCAUCUCUGGAAGUUUUUGUUAGAGCUUCUAGCUGAUGAGAGGUGCAAGUCCAUUAUAUGCUGGAGAAGGGAGGCGGAAGGAGAGUUUCAGCUCUUGAAUCAGCACGAAGUAGCAAAAAGAUGGGGAAUGUUCAAACAGAGGGGUGGAAUGGACUACGGGAAAUUAAGUCGAGCCUUAAGAUUGUACUAUCGAGAAGGAAUUAUCACCAAGGUAAUGUUUGACAUUCUAAUAGCGUUUUAAGACAUUUUGAAGGGCUAUGCACCUAGCUAGCGUGCGUUUCUCUCUUUUUGUCGUCAGCGCCACUGUAGCAAAAAUAAACAAAAUUGAUUAAAAAUUUUAAUCAAUGGGUCAUGCUGGAUCUGACAAAGACCGCCACGCAACUAUUGGUUAGAACAAUGCAAGUUCAGUCAUCUACCCGAGAAAAUUCGUUUAUAAAAAACCCUCAUAUAAAUAUAGAAGGUUUAAGCUACCUCAUCCCGACGGUGCAAUUGAAAGGUAUAUAAUUUUAUUGCUCUCGUGAUCAACAGUCGUCUAAUAACCAUCUGCUAGACGUGUUUGUUAUUCUCUUAAAACAGGCUGUAUUGUCUAACAACUACAAUGGACUGCGUCUAAUCUCAUUGACGGUAGAUAUAUUUUCGAAAAAAAAGUUUUAAAAUGAGGAGAAGCAGCUAUAAACGCUUUGUAACUAAAAAUCUGCCUGCGUUAUCAGGGACUGGUUGAGCUUUAAAAUGAACUUGCCUUUCAACCAAGCGUGAACCUCAAGAAACCGUUAGGAUAGUCGUUCGGGUAUGAGUUAACUGUUGUUUUUAUAGUAUCGUACCAAACAGACAAAAAAGAUUUUACCUUAAGGAGAUUUGUGAAAUUUAGUCUCCACCAAGAGAUCUUGUAUUGCGAAGAAGUCAGGAAUCUCGGAGCGCAAUAGAGUCAUUGUUUAUGAGUCAAAUAUAAACGAAAUUUUACUGCGUGUGCGUCACCUUUCAACAUUUUUUCUCCAUGCUGGAUAUUGUUUAUGUUUAAUAAGCCUGAUCAUGAACAUGGUAAUAAAAAUGAUAUCGGUCAAAAAUAAUACAUGUACUUUAUCGCCGGUGUUAAAAACUAAGAUGAAUUUUAUGAUAAAGAACCUAACAAGGAGUCCGUGGCUUUGUUUGUGAGUUUUGGGUGAUAGCAUUCUGAAAUGAUGCAUCAGAAUCCUAGAAUUCGACUAUUUCAGUAGAAUAUAAAAAGAGAUGUUGAAAGUGGUACUGAGUUUUUUAAUAUCAAUUCGAAUAUCAAAGUGAAUGGUAUAAUUAGCUGUUGUUUUCUGGUACUGCAUGUUGAUUAUGCUACAAAAUAUAAUGAAGGGGAUGCAUGUAAUUGUCUGUGGAUGGAAUAUCCUAAAGAAUUACAUUCAAGUUAUGGCAAUUUGUAGUUUUUCCACUUGAGGCAAUGUUAUUAUGCUUUACUGGGUGGUUCUGACUUUUGAGUCUGUAAGUGAAGAACUAGAGUGUAAGAAUUUCAUUAAAACUUACUGUGCAGUGCUUUCCUGUAUGUGAAGUGCUGACUAGCGUGCUUCACAAGGGAGCUCUAACUUUUGAGUCGGUGGAUGUAAAUUGUGAUUAUUCAUAUGAAAACUAAAUAAAUACUAAGCAGCUCUUUCAUGUGAGGCUGUUUAUUAUGCUGUCAAGAGCGGCUGUAACGUUUGAGUUUGUAGAUGAAAUCCUAUAGGAUUAAAAUUCAAAUGAGGGGCCUUAUGAGUAGCUGUUUCUGCAUCUCCUCUCUUUUGGGGUUUUUUAGCUGCAUAAGAUAGUAUGUUCUAACUUUUGUGUCUGUGAAAAAAAUCUUAAACUGUUAGCAAUCAAAGGAAAGCUACUGAACAGUGCUUUUCUGUGGUGAUGUUUAUUAUGUUGUACAAGGUCUUUAUAAAUUUGAUUCUUUGGACGUUACCCUUUAAUGUGACAUUCAAAUGAAACCUAGAGAGCAGUACAGCAAGAGAGCAGUACCUUCCUGUGGUACUGUCUAGCUUGUUGAACAAGGAAGUUCAAUCAUUUGAGUCUGUUGAUGAAAUCUUAAGAAGUGUCAUAGCCCAUUCAAAAUAAGGCUAAAGUGGAACUGUUUAUUCACUAUGCAUAUGCUACACUAAUAAUGCAUUACUGUUUUUAAAGUGUGUUAGCUGUCUUCUUUCACCGUUUCUUUAGUGGUACAAACCAGUGCUUAAAAAGACCACUCUCAUGUAAUUAUUAGUCUUUGUUCUGUGUUUAGAAAAAUUUUGGAACGUUCUAUAUGAGUCCCUAUCUAAAGGCGCAUAUACAGUGAAACAAAUGACAAGACAAGCUUUGAUGUCCAUUAGAGGAUGCUUAUUAUUACUUAUUUAUUUGAUAUAUAAAUGUUAUAUUCACACAGGUGAAAGGCCAAAGACUGGUUUAUAAAUUUCGAAACCUUCCUUACAAGUAUGAACCAGGAAUUACAAGGUCUGCUUACCACGAUCGAUUUCAAACUAUAAACACAAGUCUUUGUGACCAAGAGCCAACAAUAAUCAAAGACUUAUUGCCCUUGAUAGAGUUGAAUUCCUCUCCUCCAGGUUCAAAAGCAUUUUUCUCUUCUGGCCUUCCUCCCAGGGGAUCCUCGCCCUGGACAGCUUCUUUCAGGGCUUCUUCAGAAGGAUGUACGUGCCUGGAUGUAGAGCUUUUCUUCUCAUCAAUCUUUUGUUCCAAGACUAGAAUUUACUUUCCUGUGCGAGAAGGACACAACAAAACCACAGAAUGA